AUGUCAACCUUAACAACCCUUGCCGUGCUGGCCGACAACCCCAGUCAUGCUAUCCACGUCAACCCCCGUCAUGCUUACCAUGAUUACCCAAGCCAUGCUAUCCACGUCAACCCCAGUCAUGCUAACCAUGACAACUCCAGUCAUGCUAUCAACGUCAACCCCAAUCAUGCUAACCACGACAACCCCAGCCAUGCUAUCAACGUCAACCCCAAUCAUGCUUACCAUGAUAACCCCAAUCAUGCUAUCCACGUCAACCCAAUUCAUGCUUACCAUGACAACCCCAGUCGUGCUAUCCACGUCAGCCCCAAUCAUGCAUACCAUGACAAGCCCAAUCAUGGAUGCCAUGACAAGCCCAAUCAUGCAUACCAUGACAAGCCCAAUCAUGUUUACCAGAACAAGCCCAAUCAUGCUAACCACGACAACCCCAGCCAAUGCUAUCAACGUCAACCCCAGUCAUGCUUACCAUGA